AUGGUUGUUUGGUUGUCGUUGGAUAUGAUGUUUUACCCGCCCAACAGACAGUACAAGGCCAGGCGUAUGGUGGAGCUGUCUAUACCACUUGACUGGGAUCUUGAGCAGGGAAUUAGCCGGUACGGAAGUGACUUGGCGGUUGUUGAUGGUCGCAGAAUGGUGAAGAAGAAGAAGGUAAAGUCGGACGGUGGUUCGGUGGCUCCUUUGAGACAGUUGAGCGAGUUGUUGGUGGAGGCGGGUUUGCAGCCGCUGGAUCCGGGGAUUGAUGGGCUGGCGAAGGCCCUCAAGGAUGAAAAGCUGAUCGGGAAGGAAUCUUUGAGAGCUUCGCUGCUUUGCGAGAGUUUGGUAGUUGUGCUGUUCUCGACAAGAGCGGGCUCAUCCAUUUUGCCGCUGCUCAAUGAGUCUAGUAGAAAAAAAAUGCUGCAGAAGAAAGGCUAUUCAGCGGGGAGUACGUCUCAGAAGGCUGUGGUUCAGACUUGGCAGACCAAUGAGCUGAUGCUUGUGAGGUUUUUGUCCCACCUCAUCGAAAAUAGAAACAGCAGGAUUAACUGGGAAGAUUACGGCAAGCCUAGCUGGAAACUGCCGCUGCUCUUUCUUAUUGAGUCGAAGUUUCUCGCCGCUUCGAUGGUCUUGGACGAGAAUUGCAACUUGCUGCUGGAGUACGUGAUCUCGGUAACGCCGCUGUUGAAGGGAUAUUUGCAACGAGCACUCGGAUCUGACGAUGGCAACUUCUUCAGAGAGACAAUCAUACGGUACAGAAGAAUCUUUGAGAGCAUUAACAAGUCUGAAUGGUACACCUUUUCCUCGACGCUGCCGAGCGUUGCGUAUGAACAGAACUGUGUCUCUGGUUUCCUGUCGGCGGGCGAUGAUGACCAUAUCCUUUCUAUUCUGCAGCGUUUCGAAAAGCAGGAAAAUUCGCUUGAUGGGAGAAAGGGAAACGAGUCUAACGAAAGUGUAUCCUAUCAACACCGUGUCUCGCAGAAUGAGAGUGUCUACUCGUUCGACCUUAACCAGGAUGGGAUGCUGGAUAUUCCGAAUAUAAUGUCCCACGCGUCGCUGCGACAUGGCAUUCUCUCAAAGCUGUUGGAGCUCCAUAAGUCUGACUCACCAAUUUUGCAGUCGCAAUUCAGGUUGAUGGCAGGUUUGGUUGAUCCUUUGACGCAGCCCGCACCGAACGACACCCACAUCGUGUCGCUGGACUUGGCGUGGCAGAUGUUACUGGGACUGCUGGUGCCAGAUAUUCAGGCAAGCGUGGAUGCCGACACAGGUGGCGAUUGGCGAUUUCAUCUUUGCUUCAAUAUGCAAAAGAUCAUCCAAGCAUCUUUGAAAAGAUUGAACUCUGAGGACUUUGAAACACUCAACUCGAUCAAUAACAGCGAUGAGGAGAGUUCUUGGAGAGAGAACUUGCAUAAGUGGGUUCCCCACGGUCUUAAUACUCAGAACUUGGAACUUAUCUAUAUGGUCAACAUACUGGCGGUAUAUGGGAUUUACAAACUCUAUGAUCAUCUGCCAAUCCAGCUAAAUCCCUUCCUAUCACUUCUGAUCUCAUUGUGGAAGAAUUUGACUUGCGUAAUCUUGCUAGGCCUUGAGAUUGAUCGUCUCGAGGAGGAGCGUGAAACUUUCGACACACCAAUACUAGUUCGGGCUACGAUACGUGGGGCCGCUGCCCUAAGAGCACUCGUCGCAGCUAUCCUGAAUGGUCACGCCGAGAGUUAUACGCAUGAUUUUAAGCAUGAGCCGUUGAACACUUUCAUGUCGCCGUACGGCAGAAAGCUAUGUCAAGGUGCUUUGUACGCUGACUUGAGAUCUCAUGCAGCGGCUCUUUUAGCCUUGGGGACGGAUCUGGAAGACGUUACAAACCUACUUGCAGAUCUACAGGCCGGCGAUCGGUUUGACGAGGACGUACGCUACAUGUUUGAAUAUGAAUGUGAAGAAUACAACGGCGAAGAAGCGCAGUUAAAUGACCGAGAAGAGCGGUUGGAUCAUGAGACUGAAUCGGUUUCAAAGAACUCCCACCGAAGAUGUCGCUGCAUAUUCGAUGACGAUGAAAUGGAUGAAGAUGCAGAUGUCGAUGGUGAUAAUGACGAAGCUUUCUUCUCAAAGCAUCUCAUGGUGCAGCAGCAUGCGCAGACAUCGCUCGCAAUGUCAUCAAACGGUAAACCACGAGCAGUUCGAUCAAGCGGAUCAUUCGAGUUCGAUUACGGGGGUAAAGAUUGGAGGGACAUCCCUCGCGGCAUAAACUUCUACUACGCUUUGGACUAUAAAUUCAUCAAAAAGCCAAACCUGCAGACGAUUGUGUCUCUCACGGAGAAAGGCGCUACUGAAAAGCUUAGUAAGGAAGAAUCUUCCCUUUUGCUCAGGUCUGUUGCUUCUUGCGUCAAGAAAGAACAGGAUAGUAUAACUCUAGGAAACCUUAUCGACCCCCGCCAAGAUGGUGAAUCUGAUGAGAAAGAUGCCAGUGGCGACAUUUACGUUGAUCCUGAUGAUAUUUAUGAAUUGUGGUGCGAAGACUCCAUAUUCGAGAAGCUCGUUUAUUCAAAUCACACCCUAGCGUGGAAAUUGAUGGAUGAGAUGCUGUUAUGCAUUGGAUACCGUAGAGUCCUUAUCUGGUUCAUUACCCAUAUGGAGCUGAACCACUCACUGAUUCACUAUAUUUUUGAGCUAGUUAUGGGUCUCCGUGGGCAGUUAGAUAAUGACGGACAACAUGGCAACAUAAUGGCAGACUCAUCAACGGCGGCGAACGCGAACGAAGAACAUUCCUCUUUGAAAUUCUCACGGCAAGGCACUUUACAGCUGUCUGCUAUCGAAACCAAGAUGUUGUUGCAAGAAUUCUUUACGAAUGCUGCCAUUUAUCUUUCGAAAAAAACCGAAGAAGGCUCUAGCGGGGCCGAAUCAAAGGGAGAAAACGGUGAUGAUGCAGAGAAUGUGUCUCUGUAUGCGGUGGGGCUAAUGAAACUGAUCUGCUUUAUGGUGAAAACAUUUAUUAACAAGGGAAAAUUUGAUUUCACUGAAUCUGAAUGCGUAUUUGAACUUCAAGCUCUUUUAAUGAACUGGAUAGGUGUGAUUCCUGAAGCGAGAGAUCUGUUUUUCGAGCUCAAAGGCCUAAUCGGUAAAGCAAACAAGAAUGAUAUGUUGAGUGAUUUGAAGAGCGAGUCUAAUGGGGCACCGGCAGGUUUGAAAAUGGAUGAGGGUGCUCGAGAAGACCAAAUUCGCAACAAGGACCUGGAGGCGAAAGAUUUUGAAUACAACAAGAAGCUUAUGAAGCUCUUGCCACCGCUUUCAGAAGGAAGAGAAGAGAACGCUGCGAUGCAGACUCUGAGGAAUUUCAUAAAAACAAAUUCUUUUCUAAACUCCGUACCUGUCAUCGGGCGCAAGGUAGUGUAUCAGGAUGACGCAAUUUUACCACUGCGCAAAUCUGACGUUCCAAUGCCUCUACGUGACUAUCUCAAUGACUAUGACGACAACUACAACUACGUCUCGGAAGACGAGUACGAAGAUAUAUGA